AGUUAUUACUGGCUCGAACAAGUUUUGCUUAAUUAAAAUAAAUUGCAAGUAUAUUCACUUGCGAGAACGCCACCAAAGAUCCCAAGCACACAAAGACGCAGUUAAACUGAAUGGAUCGGGAGAGGAGAAUGGCGUCUUUACUAUGAAUAAUUGGUUGUUAACUCUAACUAAUUUUAAAGAACAGAGUUAUUGUGUGCUCUGUGAUAUUUACAUAAAAUCAAUUUAUUUUAAACAUCACACUAGAGGAUGUAAUCAUACGAAAUUUCUAACAUUAAUACACAAGGAUCAAUCGAUAGUAAAUGAAACUGCAGAAAAAAUAAAGAAUGAGACUUUGUUCAUAAUUAAUAGUAAAACUUAUUCGUGUAUUAGUGACGAGUUACGAAAGAAGUAUGAUUGGGUUUCUUAUGACGGUCAAAAUGCAUUGAUGGCAUUUUGCAAAGUUUGUAAUAAGAAUAUUACUCUCCCUUGGUCUGAAACUAAGUUGAAGUUACAUGAAAAAAUUGCUCAUGGAGAAUACAGAACGAACAUAUAUAAAAAUUACGUGGAAAGUUCUCAAAGAAUUGAGGAAUGCGAAGAGAAUGUGUACCAAACAAAACGUGUGCAUCGUACAAAAAAAAAUAUGAACACUAAACGUGCAAAAUACGCUGAAGACACGCAAUCAAACAAUGAUGAAGACGAAUCAGAAUCGGAUACACUCGUAUCAACUAGAAAUACAUAUGACUUAUUUUUUAGAAGUGUAAGCGAAACUGUCAAAAGGCUACCCAGAUAUUUGGCAGUGGAAGCUAAACUGACCGUCUCGAAUAUCAUCUAUGAUCUCGAGAUGCGUGCAAUGAGGCGGUUAUAGUCAUUUUUAUUUAUAUAAUAUAAGUCAACACCUUGACUAUGCAGGUGUUGACUUAUCCACAAUUUGUGUUAAUAUAUAAAUCAGAUGUUCCGUUUUG